GCCACUGAGCAGCAAAUUAAGUCACAAGUGGUGCUUUUAUGUGAAUACAUAAAUGUGACAUCUCUCGUAUCAUUGUCUAUAAAUUAAGCCUCUAAGUUUUCACAUGCAUUCAUCUUGCCCUGGCCUCUUGAAUAAGUUGCAUCCUUGCUUUGGUCUUAUAGUUAUUAGUUAGAGCUUUAAUUUGCAAAGUAAUUAGCAAUGAAGCGGUCAUGUAGUUCGAGUGGUUGUUACUUUUGGUUAAUGAAUAUGAAUAUGUUCCUGUUGCUUUUGGCAGUAAAGUCUGAACUGACAACAGACUUCUAUAAGUCAUCAUGUCCUAACGUUUCCAAAAUAGUAAGGAGAGAGGUUAAAAAAGCUCUCACGAAUGAGAUGCGAAUGGCUGCUUCUUUGCUUCGUCUUCACUUUCAUGAUUGCUUUGUGAAUGGUUGUGAUGGAUCAAUACUACUAGAUGGUGGUGAUGAUGGAGAGAAGUCUGCCGUUCCUAACCUGAACUCUGCCAGAGGAUAUGAUGUUGUAGAUACAAUCAAAAGUUCAGUGGAGAGUGAAUGUGACGGGGUUGUCUCAUGUGCUGAUAUAUUAGCCAUCGCUGCCAGAGAUUCUGUUUUCCUGAGUGGUGGUCCUUCUUGGAAGGUUCUGCUAGGACGAAGAGAUGGAACAGUCUCAAACGGAACUCUAGCAAAUGAGGCGCUUCCUGCACCAUUUGAUCCAUUGGAUACCAUCAUUUCAAAGUUUGCUAAUAUGGGCCUUAAUCUCACAGAUGUUGUUUCUUUAUCAGACUAUGAAGAUGGAACUUUAAUACUGAUUAAAGAAUUACACCAACAACUCGUAAAAAACUGUGCCCAUACUAUUGGCCGUGCAAGGUGUACACUGUUUAGCAAUAGAUUGUCCAACUUCUCCGGAACAGGUGCACCAGACAGUACACUAGACACUGACAUGCUCUCUGACCUGCAAAGUUUGUGUCCUCAAAAUGGAGAUGGAAACGUUACUACAGUCCUUGAUCGGAACUCAUCGGAUCUAUUUGACAAUCACUACUUCGAGAACUUGCUCAGUGGAAAGGGGCUUCUCAGUUCUGACCAGAUUCUAUUUUCUAGUGAUGAAGCUAAUUCAACCACUAAACCUUUAGUUCAAAGUUAUAGCAACGAUAGUGGACUCUUCUUUGGGGACUUUGCCAAUUCUAUGAUCAAGAUGGGGAAUAUAAAUAUUAAGACUGGGACUGAUGGGGAGAUUAGGAAAAACUGCAGAGUGAUAAAUUCUUAGCAAUAUGAAAUAGGCUUUGCAAGACAUGGAAUAAGCAUAAGCUCGGGCGUCUUCCAAGUUAUAUUAGAUAAUUUAGGUGAUGGUUGUUAUGUUUCUCGAAAUGGAAUGUGCUUUAGAGGUCCCACACAGUGGAUGUGGGAACCUAACCCAACAUAAGACAAAAUAAACAAGAGUUUGAAGUAUUUCCCUUUUUGUUU